CAUGACCAAAUCAUUUCUAUUCAUCAUCUGGGUUUGCCUUUUGGCAUUCGUGGUCGCUAACCCUCCUACUCAGCAAAAUAUCAUCAAAAACUUCAAAGUAUCUCCUGAGACCGUAAAGCCUGGACAACAUGUUCAUCUUACAUGGGAAAGAGUUACCAAGAAGUCUGAGGUGCUGCAAUUCUUCAUUGGCCAUUCUACUGGUAUGGGCCAUGCUCCCCAAAAGCUACUUGGAAAGGCACACAUCAAAGACGAGAAGGCUGAAAUUGAGAUUCCAAAAUCGCUGACGCCUUCCACUCCUGGCAAUAUCUGGAUAGUUGAAGUGAUGAUCAACGAAAAAGGUAGCUUGUAUGAUGUUGAAACCGUCAACAUUCAUGUCAAAUGAUGGUGAAUAGCACAACCCCAUUGUACACUUGAAAUUUCGUUUCCUUUCUCAGCUGCUCUUGAUCAUAGCUUAGUAAGGUUUCAUUAAUAUAGCAUUGUUUAUUAUGCAG